CCCCGCCCGGCGGCCGCCAACACCACCGGCGCCGCCUCGCCGCAGGAAUGGUUCCGCCCGCGCCGCCCGGCCGACUCCGACCCCUCCACCUCCGGCGGGCGCGUCGCGGCGCGCGACCCGGGCGUGCGCGUCAGGGCCAAGGACGGCGCCGAGGAAAAGAAGGGGGAACGUAAGAGGAGAUGGUGGGAGCGCUGGUCCAGGGACAAGGAGAGCUACCUGGUCGACGACGUGGAGCCGCUCCCGAUGCCGUUGACCAUCCCGGGGACCGAGCCGAUGUCGCGGGAGGAGCUCGACCGCCGCCUCAGCUGCGACGUGAAGAUCGAUGAAUGCAAGAUGGUUUCGUACGAGUGGACGGGCAAGUGCCGGAGUUGCCAGGGGUCGGGACUGGUGACCUACUUCAGGAAGAAAGGGAAGGAGACCAUCUGCACGUGUGUGCCAUGCGCUGGCAUUGGCUAUGUUCGGAAAAUUACAUACCGAGAGGGAGCUGAAAAUCUGGAUGAGUUAGACAAUGGGAGACCACCCUAAUUUGUUGGUGCUGUCUGUUUGGUGGCGGUAAUUUUAUUAACUGGUGCUGCAUAGAUUGUGCUUACUACAUGUGAUUCUUUUCACUACACAACUUCUAUUUCAGGCACGGUACAGGACAGGAUGCCAUUCUUUAAGCAUUGUAAACUUUUCUUUUCUGUCUAGUUAUUGUACACACUCCUAUUCUUCAAUUACAGAUGUAUGAUCAAAAUUCACAAAGAAGGAAAGAAUAAAAAUAUAAAGAGAUUGCUUGGACCAGUACUCAGAAAACC